CAUGGCGCCGCACAGAGAGGGCCGCAUGGUCUUGCAUGGAGGGUCAGAUCUGAUAAGAAAUCGGCCGGUUUUCUCUACAGAUUCGAAAUAUAUUUUUGUGUCGUCUGGGUUUAUCGUGAAGAUCUUCAGCACAGCUAGUGGUGAAUGUGUCCAAGAGUUGAAAGGUCAUGAUGGAGAGGUCACUGGGGUAGCAGUUAACCCAAGAAAUAAAUUGCAGGUAUUUACAAGCUCUCUGGAUGGGACCAUCAAUCAGUGGGAUUAUGCUGAUAGUGUGCUCCUCAAGACGCUGAAUGUCGGACCCCCAGUCCACGGUCUCUUUGUUCAUUCAGAUGUUAAAGAGUUGUUGUUUGCUACAAUAGCUGAUAAACAAAGCGGCAAGAAACAUCGUCUCAAGCUGGUCCAAGUAGUAAUUCCAAAAGCAGGGGCACGAUAUGAAGAUGUAAAGCACAGUUUUCUGAUUGGUAAUGUGAAGGGCGGAGACAAGGGCGUGGCCCUAGGGCCGAGAGGGGAGUUUUUUGCCAGCAUCAUCGACAGCACCCUAAAGAUAUUAUUCAGGAGAGAUAUGGAGCUGAAGAAAAUAUCAGCCGAUGCGACGCCAUUGACCUGUGUGGCUUGUCACCCGGUUGACUACUGCAUAGCUGUAGGUGAUGAGAAGGGAUGUAUAUCAAUAUGGAGGAAUUUCCAUAAGGAAGAAGUCCGGGCUAGAGAACACUGGCAUUCACUCCGAGUUGAGCAUCUAUGUUACUCACCAGAGGGUUCAACAUUGUACAGUGUUGGUCAUGAAUGCACAGUUGUAGAAUGGCAGCACGAUACAAUGAGAAGGAAGUUUCUACCUCGUCAAGGGGCACCUAUAGGCUACAUUACAUGUGCACCAAACAGUCAACACAGAGCUCUAUCACUCAUGACUAAUGCUAUUCUAAUCCAAGCUCAUCUGAAGACGACUCAAACCAUCCAGGGUUUAGUGCGGACCAACUUCAACCAGAAGAGGGAAGGUUAUCUACCAACUGGUCUGGUACUAGACCCCCACACUAAGGCGCUAGUCACUAACGGAAUGGUUGGGCAGCUACAAUUCUUCCACUUACAAGAAGAUCGUCUGCUGUUCAGCUUGGAUGUUACUGGGGAAAACUACAUCUCACCAUCUGACCUCCACCAGCCAUUGGUUCACACAGAGGUCGAGAAAGUGACCUUUGACCUGAAGGGGGACUGGAUGGCCACAGUGGAGAGACGAGAUGACCAACAGACAACUUCAGAAAUGCGACUUAAGUUCUGGCACUUUGACCAUCAGAAGCAAAGUUUUGUUUUGAACACAGUCAUUGCAAAGCCACACAGCAGCGCAAUCAGGUGUUUGAGUUUUAGACCACCAUCGUCACAUGAUGAGUACGAGCCAAUGGUUGUCACCGCAGGGGAUGAUGGCAAAUUUAAACUCUGGACUCUUGCUGACGAUAAUGACAGUCUAAGAAAAAGCCGAAGUUGGGGCUGUGAUUCUGUGGGCUUCUUCCGGGGGGAAUUACCAAGAUGCACGAGUUUCUCUUCAGAUGGGUCCCUGUUAGCAGUUGCCUUCAACAACAUAGUGACGAUGUGGGAUCCAGACGUGAACGUGUUGAAGAAGACACUGUGCCAUGGAAUCAAGAGCGAUCAAAUAGAACAUCUUGUAUUUGGUCACGGUGCAGCUGCCCACUGUCUGAUUUCGGCCUCAUCCAAUGUGUUGAAUGUGUGGAACCUUUUAACCUGUACAGUGAUGUGGAGAGUCACUAUGGAUGUGUUAGUGCUGGUAGCCGAUACCGAGUCGGAAUACGUCGCUGUGUUUGACAAGAAGGCAAAUUUGUUUGUUUUCCACCCAUUGGAGCCCAAACUGGUCUACACUUAUGAAGGACUUCCGACCGCCAAAAUCAUGAGCGCCAUCUUCAUCCCCCGGAAACAAACGGCGAGCGCCAGCUCUGACCUCUUGCCCUGGGAGAACCAAUCACAUUUGUACUUUGUCACAGAGUGUCUGAAUCUAGCGACAGUAACCAGCGAUGCUGAAACAUGGGAACUAGCAAGAAGAUCCAGACAAACGGACCUGAAUGAGAGACUACCACCUACUCCUUUUGCCAUGCUGCUUAAUAGUCAGACAUCUAAAACAGAGAAGGCAGACCAACGACACGGGAUGCAAGACCUACCUGCCUCGGCCAGUAUCAGAGAGCUGCUGAAUUCCCCAGCUCAUGUCCUGCCACCCGUUAAGUCUCUCUGCUCAACAUUCUUACAAAGGCUGAUGGACCCAAACAUGAACCGUAGCGAAAGGAGGGUGAGUGAAGGAUCAGACGAUGAUUCUGAUGAUGAGAACGGCCUAGACUCAGAUGAUUCAGAUAUGGAGAUAAGUCUCCCAAAUGGCCAAUCAGGACCCUCUGAAGACAAUAUGACCCAAUCAGAGGACACGUCUACGUUGGAUGAUCAGGAAGGGCGGGGACAACCUGUAGCGUUUGGUGACGGUGAGCUCAGGAAACUUUUAAAAGCAUCACGAUCUGGACUGAAGUGGUUGACCAAUGUGUUUCAAGAAACGUAUUGAUGUUAAUUGAAUGGAAUCAGAACUAAACUGAGAGAUGAGGGGCUUGAAGUGUGCCAAUCAGAAUCGGAUGGUUGUUUAAAGGCACUGGAACCCUUUGGUGGUUGUCAAAGACCAGUAUUAACUCACUUGAUGUAU